UUCAUUUUUACAGAAAAAUAUUCUUGAUAUAAUGCAUAAAGUUGAACAAUGAAGUUAACAAUGAUUUAGAGUUCUGUUCAACAUUGAAAUGUUUCUUUUGAUGGAUUGACCGACUACAGAAUAGAUGUUUGGUAACAUGUUUGAGGAGCCAGAGAUGGAGGAAGAGAAAGGAAAAGCUUCAAGUCCUGCGAAAAUAAAUGGGAGCAAGGUUGAGGCACCUCCGCCUGGAAGGGGAGAUACUGGUUUUUGUGGAAUUAAAAAUCAAGGAGCUACGUGUUAUUUAAACUCUCUUAUUCAAACGUUGUUGCUAACCCCCGAGUUACGAGAAGAAUUAUUUCGAUUGGGACCCGAUGAGUUGGGAAAAUUACAAGAUGUGAAAAAGAAAAAUGCUAAAGUUCGGAAAAUUCCAAUUCAAUUACAGAUGCUAUUGGCCAGACUUUUAUUGCUUGACCAGUAUGCUUGCACUACUGAGGGGCUGACCGAGAGCUUUGGAUGGGUAGAUAGUGAGGAGUUACAACAACACGACGUCCAAGAGUUGAGUAGAAUAUUAUUUUGUGCGAUUGAAGAUUCUUUGAUUGGAACCUCUGGGCAUGAUAUUAUAAAAAACCUGUAUCGUGGUACAUCUGCCAACACAAUAACUUGUCUCAGCUGUGGAAAAGUCAGUGAAAAUACGGAAGAUUUCCUAGAUCUUAACAUUGCUAUUUCCUCGCACAGCAAUCUUGCAGCAGUACUUCGUGAUAUGUUUGUUGAUACUGAACUAAUGAAUGGAAAAAAUCAAUAUCGUUGCGAUCAAUGUCAAAAACUUGUUGAUGCUAGAAAAGGAGCUGUGAUAAAAACCCUUCCACCUAUAUUAACGAUCUCAUUACUGAGAUUUAGCUUCGAUUAUAACACAUUUCGAAGGUUCAAAGAAACUAGGAAAUUUGAAUUCCCGCUAUCACUCAGUAUGAAGUCCUAUUGUGAAAAGACGUGUGAUGAAAAAUCUGCAUGUUAUGACUAUGAGUUGUAUUCUGUAAUUAUUCAUUCAGGAAGCGCCCAUGGUGGGCAUUAUCAUGCAUACAUUCGCGAUAUUGAUGGUCUGGGGACUGUCCCUCCUAAUUAUAACCCCACUCCACCUAAAAUCAUACCACCCAUGCCAGAAAAAAGUGAUGCAGCAGCUUGUGAUUAUAUUGAAGACCCACUUGAUAUGCUUGCAUAUGUUUUAGGCAAACUCGGUGGAGAAAACGUCCCAAUGAAUAAAUUGGGUGAAGCGUUUCGAGAUGAAAGUGGAACAUCGUGGGGUAAACAGUACAAAAGAAAAUACGGCACAAUGACUAAAUUCUUACAGAGCUGCUAUGAUACUUUUAUUGUCGAUACAAGAACGAAAACAGUAUCAUUUCGAAGCAAUAUUGGAAAAUCAUCAUCUGAGAUGAAUAAUUCUGAAUCACCUGUAUAUCCACAAUCAUGUGAAAAUGGUGCUGGCGGUGAUGCAAGCCGACAAUAUAAAUCUACUGAACUGGUGAACGGGGUUACGGACACCAACAAUGAAGAUUCUGGUUUCAAUGGAAAUGUCGUGAGUGAACCUAUUGCUAUCGAAUCUGACACUGCAGAUGACACCGACACACAUCCGCUAUGUAAUGUCUGGUUUGAUUUCAAUGACUCUCACGUUAAACCUAUUACAACCCAUGAUAUUAUCACUCAAUAUGAGGGACGCGAGAGUGCUUAUAUGUUGUUUUAUAGAAGGAAGGAUCUUAAGAGACCAUUAGAAUCGCUUGGUAAUUUGACCAAUGGCAUUCCUGACCAUAUAAGAGCAAAAAUACAAGAGGAAAAUUGUGAUUUGGAUGAACUACGAAAUGAAUAUGAUGUUUAUUUAAACGUCGUAACAGUGCGAGUUUUCUUCCCCAAAAUGUUGAAGCUUGAAAAUGGUUUGAUUAAAUUAAUUGACCCAGAGAACAAAGGCCCAAACGAGUGUGGGUUUUCUUAUUCAAUCGACAGACGGAAAAACAUUGGAGACAUGGUAGAGGAAUUAACGCAGAUGGCAGAAAAACAUCAGGACGAUACUUCUAAUAAAGAUUGUGAAAAAAUACAAUGCAAUAUAUUGAAAAUACUCGGCCAUGGUGGCAUUCACAUAUACGAACAAAUUGACUCUAAUUUGAGCACACCCAUAAAUGAAUCUCUACUCGAGAACGGAGUGAACGUCAUUUUAUGGGACGGCGAUAAGUUAGAGGGGGUGGAAGUAAAAUUUGGUGAAAUGAAUGAACCCAUUGUACUUGAUGUUCAUUGCAGAAUCUCUGGUGAUGACAGUCUGGUUUCUUUUCAUUUCAAAGGUAUUACUUUCGGUAAUGUUAUCAUGAGUGAACUGCAAGAUUAUUUUCUACAAAAAUUCAAGUUGCAAACUGUGACCCAAAGUAAACUUGGAACUAAAGGAGAAAAUGACAACCUGGUUGAAUUCAAAGAAAAUGAACUUGGAAAAACUUUAAGAGAAGUGACCAAGUCAUUCGAUGAAAAUUUAAUUCUUGAAAUAUCACUUCCAAAUGAUGAUAUGUCUCAAAAUGGAAAUAAAGAUGACGACUUAACUUUAAAAAUUGUGCCGGGAGAGAAACUAGAACAAACACUGUUUACGUCCAGGUAUUUUGAUUCUCCUGAUAAUAUUUUCAUAACAACGGCCAUAAGUGGAACCGUGAAAGUAAAUUCAUACAUUCGAGUUGAACAUUUGAAAUUUUCUAUGUUGCAUUGGCUCUUACCCGACUUCAAGAAUGAUUACGAGCUAGAUAACCUUCAUUUGUAUAUUCAAAAAUCUUCUGAGGAUGUUUCUGACAAUUUGAAACUGUGCUUACAUGAAAAACAAAGCCUGCUUCAGGUAGGGUUAUCAAGCAGUGUGGAAUCUGUGAGACUAGAGAUUGGAACGCCUAUUGAUAAAAAAGAGUAUCAUGUAACUGUUUAUAUUCAAAACGGAAGUAAGUUGAAAUUACCUGUUAAAAAGUCUCAAGCUGUUCAUGCUGUAUUAAACAAGAAUUGCACUGUGAAUCAGUUCAUCGAUAAAAUUGUUUUAGAGCACAAUCUUUCGGAUGGGAUACGACAUCUUAGAAUAUUAAAAUCAGAAAAAGAAGCCGGUGAAAUAUUAACAAGCCCAGAAGCAGUCAUUGAAAAAACAUCUAUAAAACAUGGUUCUACUCUUGUUCUUUGUCCGGGAGGUAUUCCAUCUGAUGGUCAAAUUGGAAUUCCAGUUUGGUAUUAUCCUAAAAGAUCUUCGUUUGAAGAUGUCUUAUCUGAAAUAGAGCAUGGUGCUAACCUAUCUGUUUGGAAUCCAUUUUUGAAUGAAAUAAGGACGCAACCAAAAUUAACUGGCUCUGUUGAGGUAGAAAAAGAUGCAACUUUAUUUGAUCUAAAGCAAGAAAUUGUUAAGCUCAGUUUUUUUGUUGAAAAGAAUUUGAUUAAAAUCGAAGAUAUUUGUCUUCGUUCAAUUUCACAUAAAUUUCCAUCUCGUUUUCAUUUACAAGAAAAUUCCAGUAUAAAGCGGUUACGUCUUGGAUCAAACACACCUAUUGCUGUCCAAAAGACUGAGGCUUUGCCCAAACCAGAAUGUGUAAUACUAAACCUUUUGUUUCAAAUACCAGGAAGCAGAUAUUAUACUAAUGCUUGUGAACUAAAUUGGGAUAAAUCGCACCCACUUGCACGACUUCCUGCCAUGCUGAGUGAAAAAUUAAACAUUCCUAUUAAAGAAUUACUUCUUGCAAAAAGAGGAGAAGAACCUUGGGAAUGGGAUAUUAUCAAAGCAAAAGAUUGCGAUCAAAAAUCAAAAGAUGCAAAAAAUAAAUCUAAAAAAGGUGCUAAGCAAAAAAAGGCUCAGGGAAAAUCAAACAAAAACAAAAAAUUGAGUGGUGGAAAAACUGGACAAGCUAUACUGUCACCUCUCGAUGGAGACCUGAUUCGUGUUAAACACAUCUCUCUUGAGUUGCAAACGUCGGAAAGUCCAGAGGUUUCUGAUUUCCGAACUGAGGAAGAUUUAACACUGAGAAAGAAACAUGAGGAUUCUAAAUCAAGGGAAACAAAUGGACAUACUCCUCAAAUUGAGGAUGGAAAUUCUGAGGCAAGCACUACUUCUCCGAGUUCUGAAACAAAGAAAACUUCUAAAGUCAGAAAAGAAGAAACUUUAAAGAUUCAUGUCGACAAGUUUUGAUUUCUUACUCUUGAAAUGUCAUUUUUCACUUCAUAUUUUUGAGACACAAAUAACUCAAAUUUUUAAAACAGUAUUACUUUAAAUGUAAUUUGCCUAUAAAAUGGACUAAUUCGAACAUGUUUCUUGUCGGACAUUCUUGUUGUGGUCAAAUUCUUUACUACCUAAGAACAACAUUUACAAUUUGAUGUAGAAAUUGGCCAGUAAAUUGUAUUUAUGCAUUAAAAUAUUGUUAUUGAGAUGUUCUGAGCCAUCAUUUACAAUGCCAUUGUAAUUUAACCUGUACGAACCUUUAACAAUAUAGUGUAAUUAUGCAAUUUUCUGUAGUUGUUUAUUUCACUUUUUUCAAAUGUUUCCCAGUUUAUGGGGAUUGUAAUAUGCUCAAUUCAGAAUAUAUAUAGUCCAAAUAGUUUCACCCGAUUAUAAAGUCUUUAUAAUCAAAUGUUAUUUUUUUUUUAAUUCGAAAAAGAUUUAUAGUCGACCUGUUUCUAAUUGGAUGGUAUAGAUGUUGAAUGUUGUAGUCCCCAUUUAUCAUACAACAAAAUUUAUUCAAAUUCGCAAUUGGUAAUGCUGUGAAAUCGGGCGGAACUUUUUGGACACCCUGUAUAUUGGUGUGAUGCUUCUCUCCACUACUGCUCUAAAUCAUUCAAUUAUCGAAGUUAUUACUAAUUGUUUCUGAAACAGUAACCAUAUUCUGUUUUAACUAGUUCAAAAGAAAAAGAAAAAAAACACAGCCCAACCUCUUCUAUAUACCUUUUCAUAUUUUUGUUGUUGAAUUUUCUUAUCGUGAAUAGAAUGAAUGGAGAAUUGGAAUUUGCCUCAGCCCCUAUCAUUUGUCAAUUCUAAGGUUCUAGUUUUCAUGUUUUAGUUUGAAAACUCUGGUUGACAGUUAUGUACCCACUAACUCCAUCACAGGGUCAUACUUGUCUGAAUACAGUUGAUGCUUUCUCAGAGCCUUGCUUAGAGAAAAUUCUUAUAUUUUGCUGCAAAGUUUCUUUUUAUUGUUAUCUGCCAAUUUUUUCCUCUCGCCGAGCCUGUAGUGUAUUUUUUUUGUUUCAAUUACCAAUGUGCCUAAUAUAGUAUUUCUGCUAUCUUAUUUAUUUUUCUAUUAACUUGUAAUAUUACUAUAAGAUGCUUAUUGCUCGGCUUUGUUUAGUACGAAUUUUUAUUUCAACACUGUUAUUGCAAACAAUGAUGCUCCUCUCAUGAUUGUUAUUGUAAAAUAUCAUGCGCAUGUUUAAACUAUCGCCAUCAGGAGUAUAUGACUGCUUUAACAGGGAUAAAAAGAUUAUUUUAUUCUGUAUCUGCCCUUAUAUUCUCAAUUUGGAAAUUAUUUAUUUAAGAUGUGCUAUCGAUUAGGUUUCUGUGGGACUAUUUACCUAUUCUUCUUUCUGUGCUUUUGCGUCGGUGGGUCCGUAUGCAUGCUGCAGCAACAUUGAACUAUCCGAAGUAAUUGAAAAUUCUUGCUGCACACUAACACAAAUAUGUUUCUGUAAUGUUUCUUUCAAGGACAGACAUGAGAUAUUUGUUUAAGAUGUGUUGAAAGGAGCAUGAUUCUCAUUAGGUCGCUUUCGUUUCGUCUAAAUUGGGAAAUAUUCCUCAGUUUGUUCAAUGUGUGGCCCCAUGUCGAAGUAUAUUGCCUGCAAUUAUAGGUAUUUUUCCAGUUUUGUAGUCUCUAAUCAUUCUUUAAAAAAAUACUUUUCUUUUAUUAAAAAUGUUAUAUUAUCAUAAUUGCUGCAUAACACUUGAACAUAUUAAACUUGAAAGUUUCAUUUCACUGCUAUGUUUUUCUAUUAUUA